AUGGGUAAAGGAAGACGGGAGGCAGCACUUGAAAUAAAGAAAUCUGUGAUGACAAUCUAUUUGUGCCAAUUUCAAAUAGCUAGGCUGAAUUUACUACCACAUGAUCCUGCUAAUUUUUCAAAGUUCUUUUACCAGCCAGAAAGGGACAGUGACACAAGUGAGUUUAUAUAUCACAGAGAGGACCACAAUCACUUGCUAAAGCGCAUCACAACAUGCCUUAGGGAAGGCCUCAUUCCUGGAAUAAACCAGCAGUAUCUGAGGGAUGCACUGCAUGACCCCCAAACAGGACUGACAUAUGAAGCCCUCACUGGUAAAAACAAACAGUUUUUCCCCGACUGCGAAAGAAUAUUUUUCCCUGGUGUAAUCAACUUCCUUGAACUCCUAGGCUAUGCAACUGAUGCGGCAGUACUAAGGUCAAUUCAUAACCAGAACAAAGCAGUGGAUGGAAGAGGACUUUCAGAGGCACAGAGAUCUAUCUAUCUUCAAGACAUGAAGAAGUGGUUAUUGGAUGAUUGGGUUCCAUGGCAUAGAUGGAAUUCCAACCACUCACCAAUUGAUGUUAAUAGGUAUGAAGAGGCUGUUCAAAAAGCCUGUACCCCAGACAUUACACCAUUUUUGCUAUAGCAAUGACAUACUUUUUAAAUACGCUAACCAAUUUAUGUAUACAGUACUAUUGUACUGGAAUGCAUAUUUGUAAUUUGUCAUUUCACAUGUAUUUCUCAACUAUUACGUCAAUGUAAUACAAUAUGUAAUGCUAUGCACAAAAUUGUCAGAAUACUGAAGAACUCCCAAUCCAGGAGCAAAAAGUAAAGAAAAUAUUAAGGUGUGGUAAUUUGGGCAACAAACUCAUGUAACAUCGUUGCAUUUCAAGUUUCAUAGCAAAUGCAGCACAUAAUACCAACCCAAGUGCAACACGUUUUCAUUUCUGCAAAAGCAGAAAGUACUUCUACCUCAUGCAACAAAAACAAUCAAUUUUGUUGCACACUGGGUGGAAAUAUGAGCAACAUUUGCUCUCCAACCUGCAAAGCAGUGUUGUUGUGCAAUUUUGUUUUCUGUAUUACUGCAGCUUUAUAUGUUCUUAUGACCAUUGUCAAUGCAAGCAGAAAGAAACUGACCAGAUAUAUUUUCAUAUUGCAGACCAAGGGUAUCUGUGGGCUAACAAGAGAGGUAGCUGUAGGCCUUCUUGCAAACCUGGAGAGCAGGGGAUUGAGGAGAGUUGAGUUUGUUACAAGGGGUCUUCCCCCUCAACACCUGUGGACAUUAGAAAGGUGCCAAAAUAAGGACAGAGACUUUGCCUUGCCAAGUUUCAACAAACCCUCUGGUCUUUGUGUUGCUAAAAGAUUAGACAAAGCCAACUUUUCCAGAAGAGCGGAUCCAGGUGUAUUUCUCACAAAUAGGGCCUCGCUGCCACAAAAAGGCCAGUUAACAGUAAGGGCACAGUUCCACAGAACCCAAGUAGCUCUACCACCAAGCCCACCAUAG